UAUGAGUUGGAGUCAGGGGCAGACUGACCAUUUGGAAACUCGGGCACUGCCCAAGGCCCCGGGGUCAGUAGGGGGCCCCAUGAGAUGCCCCUGGUACCUUUUUCAUAGGCUUUUUUGAGUUUGGGCAAGGACACAGGGGCCCCAUGAUCCCCAAUUCCCGGGGGCCCCAUGAGUUGUUAGUCCGCCCUUGGUUGAAAGCUUGAAUAAUCAGUCCGCCCCUAGACUUCCCUGAAGAGAUAGGUCAUGGAGUCAAAAGUCCA